AUGAGUGCCAAUUCAUAUGAUAAAUAUAAACGUCCAAAACAUAGCUGCAAUAAACCACUAACCGGUGAUAACUGGUGCAAGCAUUGUAACUCUAAACACUUUGAAAAAGAAUUUGGAACAUGGACAAGUGAUAAUAAUCACGUUGAUGAACUUAUUCAAAAAACUCAAACUGAAGCAAAUGAUCACAAUAAAGUAUUAGAAUGGAUUCGAUUUAAAUCAAAAGAAAUUUUUUGUGUUGGAUUCCUAGCAGAAGGUGGCAAUGGGCAUGUAUAUAAAGCUAAAUGGAAGAGUGGUCCUAUUGAAUAUUAUGACGAAGAAGUUAAAGGUUGGCACAGAUCUGGCGAGAUCGAUAUUGUUCUUAAAAGUAUAAAAGAUUCAAAGGAUAUAACUGAUGAAUUUUUUGAAGAGAUAAAACAACAAAUGACCUCAUUUAGACAAUUCAGCUAUAUUAUUAGAUGUUAUGGUAUAACUAAAAUUCCUGACUCCGAUAAUUACAUGAUGAUUAUGGAUUAUAAAAAAGAUGGUAGUCUCCGAAAAUAUUUGGAUAAAAACUUUAGACUUUUAAAAUGGCGACAAAAACUAAAUAUUUUAUACACGGCGAUUAAAGGUCUUUUGGAUAUCCAUAAGGCAGACUUAAUGCAUAAGGAUUUUCACAGCGGAAAUAUUAUUAUUUCUGACAACUUUUCUUACAUAGCCGAUUUUGGAUUAUGUAAAAGUGUCAAUUCUAAUGCUCAAAGUCAUCCCCCAUAUCAUACGAUUCCACAUGAUCAAUACCUUAUGAUUGACAUUGCUAAAGGACGUCGUCCAGUACCUAAUGAAGACAUAACACCACCAGCCAUUAUUAAUUUAAUUGAACGUUGCUGGAAUGAAAAUCCCAAUGACAGACCAGACGCUAAUGAAUUAUUUAAAACAUUUAGUAGUUUCAUGCAAAAAGAAAGUGAAAUACAGACUAAAUUUGAUGCUAUUGACGCGAAAAUGAAUUCUAACAUAUCUUCACCGGAAUUUUCUCCAUCUCUAACUUACACAAUUUCCAAAGAUUCAAUAUAUACUAGUAGACAUCUUAUUCUUCCAGAAUUAUCUAUUCCGUUCGACUAUUAA